GAUUAAGGAUAUCAGAUUGUUAAUUAAUUGCAUUUUAAUUUCCAGCUGUAAUCAUUUUUAUUUUCUAGAAUCUAUCCCGUUGAAAAUAAACUACUCCGAUGAUUUCUGUAGUAAAGUAAAAUCAAGAAGAAUUGUCUUGUGGAUCAUGGGCAUUUCUGCUUUUGUCAACGUAGUUCUAGCUUCAGCAGCAAUUGUUUGCGCUGUUUACUGCAAUAGUUCGGCAAUGUAUGCUUUUGCGAUGGAUUCUUUAUUAGAUAUGCUGUGCUGCUCCGUUGUUUUUUGGAGAUUUUACGGAUCAAAUUACUCCAUCCAUUUGGAAGAUCGAGAAAAUACAGCAUGCUUAGUGUUAGGCGUGUUAUUUAUUAUUUCUUCGAUCGGUAUCGUCUGUAAAGGAUUGAUAGAUUUAAAUACACUCAACUAUCCAACUAAAAUGAGAGAGGUAUUUGUUCUAACAUCAGUGGCUUCGGCUCUGUGCUUAAUCAUGGCAAUUAGUAAAUUUUAUGCUUACAAGAAGAUGAAGAGUCAAUCGCUUCUUCUGGAAGCCAUCAACACUGGAUUGAGUGCAGUUUUAAGUAUUUUAAUCAUCGUUGCCGAAUUGCUCUACCAUUACAUUAACAAAAUAGGUUAUUUGGAUCCAUUAAUGAGCAUGAUCAUCGCUCUGGUAUUGUUCACUUACGGAAUUAGAGUUAUUAUGGAGAGAAGGAGAAACAUCGUCCAAUAAAAUUUCAAAAAUUUUCAAAUCAUUUCAGCGUAAGACAACUCGAAUAUCUUAUUUAAUUAACCAAACGUGUAUUAAGAUAACUCGGUCGGUUUUCAUUGAUAAAACUGAUCUUAAGCUGUCGACCCUGGAAAUGUUAUUUGUAAAACAAUCGUGUCGUUUGUAAAGACGAACGAAAUGACAGGCAACAAAGACAUCCGCUUUGCUGCUUUCAUCAUUAAGUAUUGUCAUUAGCGAUCGACUAAAUAAGGUCAGAAAUUCUGUCGCUUCCUUCUGAUCUACAGCCUGGAUAAUUGAAGCGAUUCCACAUCCUUCAUCCCAGUUUUAAUUUAGACGGUGAAUAAAGAACGGAUAAAUAUUAAUCAUGAUAAAUAUUAAAUUUAACAUUCAUUUAUAAAUAAUCACAACGUUUGUAAUAUUACUUUUUAUUAAUAAAAAUAAC